UUCUUCUCCGUUCCUUGGUUUGGUCUGCCUAGGCCACCAUAGCCUCCGCGGAAUCUGGCUGGCUGCGACGGCUCUGCCACAGUGAGCCGAGCCUCGGAGGGACAGAGAGGCGCAGCCGGCGGCAGAGGGGUCGCCGGCUUGGGGCUUGCCGAGAAGAAACAGCUGAGCGACGAGGAGGAGGAGGAGGAGGAACAGGGACGAUCCGAGGGGCUGGAACCCAGGCUCUGCGGGGAGGCAGGGAUCGGUCUGGCAGGCUUCCCGGCACGGGUGCUCCGGCGACUUGGCCAAAGCGUUGCUGUCAGCUGGCGUGCGGAGCGAGGACUGGCUGCUCGCUCGCAGCCUCGAAGCGGGAAGGCAGCCCUUUUUCUCUCCCCCCGCUUCGCUCGGUCCCCCACCCCCGAGCCGCCAGAGGAACUCCCCAGCUUCCCUGCAGCUGGAGGGCUCCCGGUGCCCCCGCGCGUUUGGGAAGCCGCGCCGAGCCGGGAAGAGAAGAAAGGCGGCAGGCGGGCGCGCCGGGAAGGCAAGGGCGCGUUUGAAUGCGACCGUGGCUGGUGAGAGGACGAAAAAGGGCUGCAUGGACGAGAACUGGGGGAGAGGGCUUUUUUUCGCUUCCUCUACGGAGCGGCGUUGCCUCCUUUCCAAGGUCUGUAUUGAUCUUGGUCUUUUGAACUGACAUAAGAAGAAUUGUGCGUAGCCAUAUUGCAGAGCCACCAUGUCCUGGAGUGGGAGCCCUCUGAUGAAGUGAAAGGAGGAGGCCUGGAGUCUUCAGCAAGUGAUGUGAAAUCCAGCCCUUCUGAACUGCUCCGUGGAAGGCGUUUGAGAGGGGACUGUAUUUUCUUCCCACCAAGACUAUGAUGUCGGUUGAAGGCUCCACAAUAACAAGCAGAAUAAAAAAUUUACUUCGGUCUCCCUCUAUCAAACUAAGAAGAAGCAAACCAGGGACCAAGCGGGAAGAUAUCAGCACUAAGGUGACUUUAGAAAAAGUGCUGGGAAUCACUGUCUCUGGAGGCAGAGGAUUGGCCUGUGAUCCUAAGAAUGGUCUCAUUGCUUAUCCAGCUGGGUGUGUUGUUGUGCUGUUUAACCCCAGGAAAAAUAAGCAGCAUCAUAUUCUAAACAGCUCCAGGAAGACUAUUACGGCCCUUGCUUUCUCUCCUGAUGGAAAAUACCUGGUUACUGGAGAGAGCGGGCAUAUGCCUGCAGUCCGUAUAUGGGAUGUUGCUGAACGGACCCAGAUGGCUGAGCUUCAAGAGCAUAAGUAUGGAGUGGCAUGUGUGGCCUUCUCACCAAGCUCCAAGUACAUUGUUUCAGUGGGUUAUCAGCAUGACAUGAUAGUCAAUGUUUGGUCAUGGAAGAAAAACAUUGUUGUGGCAGCCAAUAAAGUGUCAAGCAAAGUGACAGCAGUUUCAUUCUCUGAGGAUUGCAGCUACUUUGUUACAGCUGGAAACCGGCACAUCAAAUUUUGGUACCUGGCUGAUAGCAAAACCUCUAAGGUGAACGCUACAGUCCCCUUGCUUGGACGUUCUGGUUUGCUCGGAGAACUGAGGAACAAUUUUUUUACAGAUGUGGCAUGUGGCAGGGGUAAAAAGGCAGACAGCACUUUCUGUAUCACUUCUUCUGGUCUGCUGUGUGAAUUCAAUGACAAGAGGCUACUGGACAAGUGGGUGGAGUUGAGAACUACUGUGGCAAACUGCAUCUCUGUGAACCACGAUUACAUCUUCUGUGGCUGUGCUGAUGGUACCAUUCGGAUUUUUAACCCUUCAAAUCUUCACUUUGUGACCACGCUCCCCAAACCACACUUCCUAGGGACGGAUAUUGCCAGCAUUACGGAAGCCAGUCGGCUUUUCUCUAAUGUGACUGAUGCCAAGUAUCCAGACACCAUUGCCUUGACCUUUGAUCCCAAUAACCAGUGGCUGUCUUGUGUUUACAAUGAUCACAGCUUGUAUGUGUGGGAUGUCAAAGAUCCCAAGAAAGUGGGCAAGGUUUAUUCUGCGUUAUACCACUCCUCCUGUGUUUGGAACAUUGAGGUGUACCCGGAGGUAAAGGAUAACAAUCAGUCUUGCUUGCCCCCAAACUCCUUCAUCACUUGCUCCUCUGACAAUACCAUCCGCCUGUGGAACACCGACUGCUCAAACAUCCAUGGAGCCUCUCUGCAUCGGAACAUUCUGAGCAAUGAUUUGAUGAAAAUCAUCUACGUAGAUGAAAACACUCAAGCCCUCUUGGACACAGAAUACAAUUCAGCUGGAGGUGUGGAGAAGGCUGACACACAGGCCAUAGAUACAAAAGUGGGAAUUCGCACGGUGUGUGUGAGCCCUACCGGGGAGCACCUGGCCUCAGGUGAUAGGAUAGGCACUCUCAGGAUCUAUGAAUUGAAGUCCCUGAGAGAGAUGCUGAAGGUAGAAGCCCAUGAUUCUGAAAUCCUCUGCCUUGAAUAUUCCAGACCAGAGACAGGAUUAAAUCUUCUAGCAUCAGCAAGUCGGGAUAGAUUGAUCCAUGUCUUGGAUGCAGAGAAGGAUUAUAGCCUACAGCAGACCCUGGAUGAACAUUCAUCUUCCAUAACUGCAGUGAAGUUUGCAGCUAAUGAUGGAAAGGUGAGAAUGAUCAGCUGUGGCGCUGAUAAGAGCAUCUAUUUCCGCACUGCACAGAAGACAAAUGAUGGGGUCCACUUUACUCGUACACACCAUGUUGUUAGGAAGACCACCCUUUAUGAUAUGGAUGUUGACCCUAAUUGGAAAUACGCUGCUAUUGGAUGCCAAGAUCGUAACAUCAGGAUUUUCAACAUCAGCAGUGGGAAACAAAAGAAACUAUACAAGGGAUCCCAAAGUGAAGAUGGCACUCUAAUUAAAGUACAAAUGGAUCCUUCUGGUCUGUAUAUUGCAACCAGUUGUUCUGACAAGAACCUUUCUAUCUUUGAUUUCUAUUCAGGAGAAUGUGUAGCCACAAUGUAUGGGCACUCAGAGAUCGUAACUGGGAUGAUGUUCAGUAAUGACUGUAAACACUUGAUUUCAGUCUCUGGUGACAGCUGUAUUUUCAUCUGGCGUCUGAGUUCUGAGAUGACCAUCAAUAUGCGCCAGCGGCUUGCUGAUGUGAAACAAAGGGGAAAGCAAGCAGAGAAAGCUCAACCAGGCAAAACAGCUGGUCUCACUAGGCAUGAAUCAGUCUCUGUCCUCUCAUCUGCACCAGUGCUUUCAUCAGACAGUGAUAAGGAUGGUGAAGAUGAAGGAAAUGAUGAGGAUGAGUUACAUGGGCUACAGUCCUUCCGAAUGACGACCAAUGUCAAUACUGAAAGUUGUUCAGAUCUUUCUCUUUCAAGAAGCUUAUCUCACUGGGAAAUGAGACUGGCAAAAGAAAUGGCGAUGAUCCAGGCUUCAGAAAGCACCAUGAGCAAGAUGCCUCAGCAGCGGAGCCAUUGGAUCCAGCCAACGAGCAGCCUAGAGAUGACUGUUAAAUCUAUGCUUGAUCUACGCCAACUGGAGUCUUUCUCAGUCUCUCGUUCUGCUAGUCAGGAUUCUCUUCCCCAGGCCAGCAAUGGAGAUGACCACAAAGAGAAUCCCAGUGUCUCCCCUUGUGCCAAGGAUGAGGGAGGCUCCACUGCUCUUCAGGAAAAUCAGCCUUGCCUUCGACCUCAAGUUAUUAGACUGGUGUCCUGUGAAGGAGGGAUUUUCCCACAGGAAAUGGAACCCUCAGAGAGUGAAGAAUGUGUCAUCUACCCAGAACAAGAUGAUCUUACUCCAACUGAUAUCAGCAGUGAGUUCCAGGUAAAAGCACUUCCUCAUGGAAAACUGGGUAGAGGCUACAACAGCAAUGAGGGCCCAGAUAAGCACAGUCCUGACAGUGCUUGUUCUGUGGAUUAUAAUAGCAGCCGACUGUCAAGUCCAAAUGAAGAUUCUGAGAGUACUGAACCUCUCAGUGUGGAUGGCACUUCAGACUUGGAUGAGCAAGUGGGAGAAGAAGAUGAGGAGGAUGUAAGCACUGGACUAUUGGAUGGAGAUGUCCCCACAACUCCAGAUCAAGAGAAGUUCCUCAAGCAGCAUUUUGAGACUCUAGCCAGUAACAGUGAGAAGGAUGGAUCAUGUAGGACCCUGGAGAGAAUGGAAAACAGUAUUUCUUCCCGGUUUCUAUCUCGGUUUCCAACACUCAGGGAACUCUCACCUUCUUCAUCACAGCUAGUACUGGAUCAGAAACCUACGGAAGGGUCUGCUUUGCCAAAGCAAGUUUCCAUUGAACUGCUGAAAAAUGGGUUUGACCAUCAGCACAUGCCUAUGGAGAAUGGCUUCUUGCAAAAUGAUAUUAAUUCCAUUAGGUCACUUUACAUGCAGAAAAAGAGAAAGUCUGCUGUAGAGAUCAACAGAGGGCAUGGAAGAUCUGUUGGGUCAUUCCCAGAUAGUGAUGGAGCAGUGAUGCUGAGGAAAUCCCAGUCAGUUCAUGAUCUUUUUCAUAAUGAUAAGAUUCCUGGCAUGAUGCUGUUUGCCAGGCAGCGUCCUCAGGCACUAAUGGUAGGUGAGAAAGAGCCAAAAUCCAAUAACUGUCAGACAUUUUCUGCAACACUGUUGAAGAUGGAUAGCUUUUUGCAAGCCAAAGACAUUAAAGCUGCAAAACCAAAGUCCUAUAUGAGUCCCACCACUAGCUUCAUGGCCAAGAUGUCCCGUAGUGUGUCUAUGGGAGAGAAUCUGUGCCUUGGUGACAGUUCAGAAAACCAGAAAGAAGUGAAGAUUAGCCCACAAGUAUCAGAGAAAACAAGGUUAAUUCUAUUAGAGGACAUUGAGAAGAGCAAGCCAUUUGUAAAAGACAACAGCCCAGUGAAACCUUUUCAGCAAAGUGCAAGCUCUUCAUCACCCCAGUCCUUUCAUAGCAAGUUGGCAUCUAAUCGAGCCCAUUUGAUCCUUGACAUCCCCAAGCCUCUACCUGAUAGACCGACAUUAGCUUCUUUCUCACCAAAGACAAAGUCAAAAACUGUGCUAGGAUCAGAAUCUCCUCAGUCACCUGGUGCUGUUGGGAAAAAGAAACCGUCUUUUCCUGAAGGAUGGGCCUCAGCAUUGGAAAGUCAAGCAUCUGGACCUCUUGGCCUUGGUAAAAAUAGCCCAUUGAGUCCCUGUGCAGACACUCUGAAAGAGAACCAGACACAAUUGAGGACCAAAGUCCAACUUGAGCCAAGAGUAACUAAUUCCAAACUAAAAGAGCUUUCAGAUGAACUGCAUCCAAUUUCUGCAGAAAAACGGCUACUGGAAUACAGAGACAAAGUUGUCAUUACUAGUUAUGUGCCAGCUAAUCAUGAGCUUUCCUCUUCUGAACGAAGUGGGCCAAAGUCUCCUACAAAUGCAGGCCUUGGAGAGGAUUCAGGUUCUUCAAUCAGUGUUGAGCAAUGCAGGCAUGUAGUAUCUGAGCUCCAGGACAGUAUGCGUAAGGCCAUCCAGAUAUAUCGUAUGAUAUCUACUGACAUGGAGUCUUCAGCUGACAAAGAUGAGAUUGCUGGUCUUUUGACUGAAACAUUCUCUGUGAUGAAAGAAGAGUUGGAUUCCCUGAAGGAUGGCAAAGGACUUCAGAGGAAGAAAGAUCAACUGAUACAACCACAAGAUACGGUUGUAAUGCCAUCAGGGGAGGGCGGUGGUGGAACUUUAUCUAGUCCUCGGCACUUUGGAGAUGACCAGACUCUUGCCUUGUUGGAGCAAUACUCAGAGUUACUGCUACAAGCUGUUGAACGCCGUAUGGAUAAAAAACUCUAAAUUGUAGUUUUAAAGGACACACACUUUGAAUGGAAUGCUAACAACCAUACAGAAAAACUGAUGGAACUUUGUCAUAGUGACAACUUGAAUGAAUACUUUGGGGUGUUUUUUUAAUUCGAUGGGCAAGUAUCUUUUCUUUUAACAGAAACAGUUCUAUCUACAAUUUUUUAAAAUGUGCUGGUCACAGUACUAAUCCCCUUGUGCCUAUCUCCACUAAGAGUGUUAAGAGAAAUAUUUGGCUGAAAAAUCAUUCUACCGAUUAAAGAGAAUUAGUCCCAGGGGUGGCCCAGCCUGAAACUGCUGAUUUAAUAAAAUGAGAUCAAGCUGAAACUGGUUUGUCCCUCAGCUGUGUUAUCUCAAUCUAGGUAUAGACUAUUAACACUUUUAUUUAUUAAUUUAUUUUUGUGACUAUUGUUCUGAAACUUUUUACCUGUGUUUUGUAGUUGUGGCUAUUUUGACAUCUUCUCCACAGUUUAUACUGAGAGAAAUUUUGAUAUAGUAAAUAUACUGACGGAUCAGCGGGCAGAUUACAGAACUUCUUUCUGCUAUAACCUGCGUUGCUGAAUUUUGCUUCCUUAUUCCUUUUUAUUAUGCCACUAUGUUUAAUUUUGUGUUUAGAAUUGUGCUCAUCCUGCUUCUGUUUUCUGUUUAAAGAAAAUCCUACGCUCUACUUCAUCUAUAUUUGCUUCCACAAACACAUAUCCUUUGGAUCAACCUCCAGAGAUUUGUUACAAGGCUCGUUGGUUAAAAGAAAGGCUUUUUUACCUGACUAGUUCUACAUUUUCUUAGAUUUUAUGUAACACUUGAUCUAUCAGAGUCAAAUUGAUGCAGUUGAAGAAUUAGCUAAUUUUUUUUGAAGUUCUUACUAGCUGUGUUAUGUCAGUAGAGUUAGAACAAUGCCAAUAUCAUGGGCCCAAUAGCUGUUCUUGUGAAUAUAGAAAUGUAGAAAAGUUGAUGUGAUGGGGAAGGUUUAGUGGUAGAAAACAGUCACAGGAGAAACUGAUGAAAGCUUAUAAUCAACAAAUCCUCAAGGAAAGCUUCAGAUAUUCCUAAUCUCCCAAAAGGGGGAUCCUUUUUAUCUGUCUAUGGCUGAAAUCUGAAAACAAUCAGGCAAAGUGUGAGUGUUCAACAAAUACUGAUUGCUAUGACACCGCUACUCUUACUUCCCUUCCUCCUUUUUAUUGGAAUGUAAAUAAAGCUGCAUGAAAUAGUAUUAUGUUCUACAUUUUACCAGACUUCUCCAACUUCAUAUUAAUUAGCUCUUUGCUGUUGCUCAAAUAAAGAAGGAAAGUAAGUGCAGAUAUACAUCCUUUCAGUUAUGGUGUCAUUUGUUUUAAAUUAUUAGUCCUAAUGUGAAGUAUUCACUGAUAAUAAAGAAACAUUUUAAAAUGAUAGUUAUAAAACUUUAAUACUACUCUCUCAGGAUAGACAAUAGCAGUGUUUCUUACUGGUGAUCUGAUCAUCUUAAUAAAUAGCAUCACUGUUAUAGCCUGCCCUUCCUCUUCUGCCCUCUAGAUUUGUUGAGCUUAUAACAACUUUCUUGAGAAUUCCUAGCCAGUAUGGUGAAAAGCUAGGAAUUCUGAAGAUUGUACUCACAGCCGAUCUGGAGGGCACCAUGGUGGAAUAGGCUGAUUUAGAUAUUUCUGAACAGUUUUUCCACUUGCAUUUUUUAAACUGUCAUGUGAACAUCUGUCUUCACUGCUCCACAGGGCUGGCAACCUGCAGUAUAGCUUUUUGUCUGAAUCUCACUGGCUUUCAUUCAGCAGCACUGCAGUGCUAAGAGACCUGCAGAGCUAUUCCAGUGGCUGGCCAUUGAACUCCAAGGCUGGGGACUUGGAGUAAUUUUAGUGCUGUUUAAUAUGAGAAUUCUGGAUUUUUUAUUUGUUCAGAAAAUUCUCUGAAUAGAUUUGAAAGAUAGUUGAUGCACUUGUUAAAACUGAACUUCAGCUUUUUCUUCCCAGCUAUGAAUGAUGGAUCAAGGGUGAGAUUCAAGCAAAAGUGUCUUAUUACUAAGGAUAGACUGCUGGAAUGUACUCUUAAUUGAAGUAAAAACUAAGGUGACUCUUUUCUACAUGUGCAUGUUGGGAAAUCUCUUAAUAGCCAAAAUGUCUUCUUCCCUAUUCACAUCUAGACUGUAAAAAGUGUUCAAUGCUCAGGAAUCUUUCCUGUCUUGGGACACAUACACUCAGGUAAAAGAGUCAUACUUCCAGAUAUCUUGGGGCAUGAACAAUGGGGAGAUGAAAGUGUCUAUUCAACCUUGAGAGGUGUCAGAUGUCUUCGAGAACAGAAUCAAUUUGAUGAUAGCUUAUACCUCAGUCAUUACGAAGUAACGAUUAAUCAAGGACUGUCUUGGGUAAAAGGCAACAUAAAAGUCCCUGUUAAUAUUAAAGCAAAGUUUCCACUGGGUAAGUUUCACUGCAUUAUUCUUAGAUAGGGCACUAUUUAUUUUCAUAGACUGAGAUAGGAAAAUAAUACAGAUGGGGACUUAGAAGUGAACUAGAAUUGUAGUUUUGUGGGGUCUUGAGCAAGUAGAUAUUUGAGGAGGAAUGGAUAGGCCUGUAGUUUCUACUAUUACAUUGAAAGGCAUGUUCAGGGCUUCUAGAAAAGUAGUAGUAGGACUAAGAAUCAGUUGAUUCAAGGAGCAAAAUAGGAAUGAAAUAAUUCUGGAAUGGAAAAGACACUGUAAGUAGAUAUAGCAGUUAAGCAGCAAUGUAAAUGGAUUUGUAAUUAAAAAUUGAGAUGCGUUUGUCUUUUCAAGUGCCCUUUAUUUUCCCACUGAUAUGUAUGAUUUGGGAGGCUUUGGGAAUGUAUAUUCUCAGCCAGUAAGAUUUCUCAAAGCCAUUUGAGUUCCAUGAGACUCUGACCUCCCUAUAUGUGGCCAAAAGGAUAAGGAGAAAAGCCUAUGUUUUCUUCAUGGAAAAUACUUGAUAUAAAAUAUGCUUUCUAGUCAUUGGUGACACCCUAUAGUGAUUCAUAUAUAGACUUUGGAGCAUCGUUUUUUGAAAAGUAAGAUGAUAAGAAGAUUUUGUGACAGUAAAAUGUUAGCAUACUUUUUGUUCUCAACUGCAUGCAGUUUUUCUAGUGUUACUAUUGAUGCCCACCAGCCUUUUAGGUAAAUUUUGACAAGUAUCUAGGGAGAGGAGAAAUAUAAACACAGUAUUUGAAUCUGUUAUAUUUCUACUGUUUUUUAAUGUAUGCAUGCAAUUUCUGUAUAUCAAAAAAUCGAGAGACUGUAAAAGAUCCAUCUUUGAAGUCAUAUUUGCAUAUUGUUUCUGCGUUUUCUGAAAUGUUUCUUAGUGUGAUUUAAAGUUUCUUAUACUAUUUCCCUUUUCAAAGAUAGCCUUUAUAAAACAAAUACUGUGCAUGCAAAUGAGACAAAAUGGCCUAUCCCUGUUUCUAUAGAAACACAAGAAAACUUUCAAAGGCUGAAAUAUGUACACACCAGUUAUAGAUAUAUGUAUCUGGUGCUUCUACAUAUGAAUGUCCUGAUAUUUACCUAUACUUCUUUCUUUUUGUAGUAAAUGUCUUUUUGAUAUUGGGGCUUAUUAGCUUCUCCUUUCACUCUAGUGAUUGACGACACAUUCUUCCCAAAGAAACAACCAACUAACAUUGAGGGCAGUGUUUGAAAACUUUAUAAACAACAUUGUCAUGUAUGUGCACUCAGCCACUGGACCAACAGAACCCAGUAUUAAAAAUAUUACAGAUUCAGAAUGCAGAGCAGCUACUGUAUGGCCCUUCAGGUACUGCGAACUAAAUUGUUCUUUCUGUAGAUUAAAAAAACAAAAUACCUUGUAUUAUUUGUAAAUAAUAAGCUGAAGCUGGGCUGCUUAUAUAUUGGGCUAACCUGCUGUAAAUUAGGAAUAAGCCAUGUCUACACAGCAUGUCUUUUAAGCCUAGGGCACAGACAAAUUUUAUCUGUGUUCAACACUCCCUUUUUAUCCUACACUUGUUUAAAAGGAGAAAACAACCGUAAACCUUGCUUAUUUAUAAAUGGUGUUUUGUAUCUUGGCUUUAAGGGAAACUGAACCUUUUAAAAUGUCCUUUUUUAAUUAUUUGAAAAUUGUUUUAAUGGUUGUGGGGGGGUUGCACUGUGAGCUACUUUGGGGGGU